AUGUUGUUCUUAUCGGGCAAGCCAGUGUGGAAGGUUUUUGACAGUAUUGUGUGUUUUGUGCAGGAUGGCCGAGCGGAGGUGGUCGCCAAUGACGCCGGAGACCGAGUCACUCCUGCCGUGGUGGCUUACAGAGACACGGAGCAGGUAUCCUACAACUAGCCAACUAACAUACUAUAUAACUAUUUAAUAUUAGGUACCUCAACUGUUACAUCUGCUAAAUAUGUGACCCUAACCCUACAACUAGCCAACUAACAUACUAAAUUAUAAUAUUAUAGUCACUGAAGGAAGGCGUUUAAGAUCCCUGACGCUUGGUCUGAACAUUAACAUGUAUCACUUGCGGUAUGGUUUUGGAAGCACAAGGACCUUAUCUUUCAUAUCAGCGAAUCAAUUUAACUUUUUUUGUGAAACACCUUGAUAAGGUUAGUGUUCCCACACUGCCACAUCUCCAUGUGGCAGCGCUUGUUUUCGGAAAACAGAUGGAAGACAAGAGGCGACCACCUGUGUUAAUGAGCUAUCUAGCAUGCUCUGAACACCUGUGUUAAUGAGCUAUCUAGCAUGCUCUGAACACCUGUGUUAAUGAGCUAUCUAGCAUGCUCUGAACACCUGUGUUAAUGAGCUAUCUAGCAUGCUCCAACACCUGUGUUAAUGAGCUAUCUAGCAUGCUCUGAACACCUGUGUUAAUGAGCUAUCUAGCAUGCUCUGAACACCUGUGUUAAUGAGCUAUCUAGCAUGCUCUGAACACCUUUGGACAAUCCCUAUCAUUUCUUUCGCCACUGUGCAAAUUUCAGGUCUUGUUAGCGAAACCUUUUAAUUUUAAGCACACAGAACACUGAGGCUGUAACUGCUUUAAAGCACACAGAACACUGAGGCUGUAACUGCUUUAAAGCACACAGAACACUGAGGCUGUAACUGCUUUAAAGCACACAGAACACUGAGGCUGUAACUGCUUUAAAGCACACAGAACACUGAGGCUGUAACUGCUUUAAAGCACACAGAACACUGAGGCUGUAACUGCUUUAAAGCACACAGAACACUGAGGCUGUAACUGCUUUAAAGCACACAGAACACUGAGGCUGUAACUGCUUUAAAGCACACAGAACACUGAGGCUGUAACUGCUUUAAAGCACACAGAACACUGAGGCUGUAACUGCUUUAAAGGUCCAAUGUAGCCGGUUAGGGUUAGGGUUAGCCCCUAACCCUAGCCCUAACCCUAACCCACAGAACACUGAGGCUGUAACUGCUUUAAAGGUCCAGUGUAGCCGUUUUGAACUCAAUAUCAAAUCAUUUCUGGGUAACAAUUAAGUACCUUACUGAUUUUAAAUUAAAAUGGUUAAUGCAUGGCUUGACAUUAACCGUUUUAGGACUGAUGUUUUACUUGUCUGAACUCAAAUCACUUCAUAAAUAUAAUAAAUUAUCUAACAUAAUUGGCCAAAUAGGGGACUGAAAUUGUAUUAUAUGAUGCAAGAAACCACUUUACAAAAUUAAAAUCAUUAUUACCAUACAGAGAAUCAUACAAACAUGUAUACUACCCUCUGCCUUCAAGCCUGUUUAGAAAUAGGACAAUGCCCCUUUAAGGCAAAAUAGCUCUUUACCUGACUCGCUUUUCAAAGACAGAUACAUUUACAUUUACAUUUGAGUCAUUUAGCAGACGCUCUUAUCCAGAGCGACUUACAGUUAGUGAGUGCAUACAUUUUUUAAAUUUAUUUUAUUUUUUAAAUAUUUUUUUUGUUAUUCUUUUUAUAUAUAUACAGUGGGGAAAAAAAGUAUUUAGUCAGCCACCAAUUGUGCAAGUUCUCCCACUUAAAAAGAUGAGAGAGGCCUGUAAUUUUCAUCAUAGGUACACGUCAACUAUGACAGACAAAAUGAGAAAAAAAAAUCCAGAAAAUCACGUUGUAGGAUUUUUAAUGAAUUUAUUGGCAUAUGAUGGUGGAAAAUAAGUAUUUGGUCAAUAACAAAAGUUUCUCAAUACUUUGUUAUAUACCCUUUGUUGGCAAUGACACAGGUCAAAUGUUUUCUGUAAGUCUUCACAAGGUUUUCACACACUGUUGCUGGUAUUUUGGCCCAUUCCUCCAUGCAGAUCUCCUCUAGAGCAGUGAUGUUUUGGGGCUGUCGCUGGGCAACACAGACUUUCAACUCCCUCCAAAGAUUUUCUAUGGGGUUGAGAUCUGGAGACUGGCUAGGCCACUCCAGGACCUUGAAAUGCUUCUUACGAAGCCACUCCUUCGUUGCCUGGGCGGUGUGUUUGGGAUCAUUGUCAUGCUGAAAGACCCAGCCACGUUUCAUCUUCAAUGCCCUUGCUGAUGGAAGGAGGGUUUCACUCAAAAUCUCACGAUACAUGGCCCCAUUCAUUCUUUCCUUUACACGGAUCAGUCGUCCUGGUCCCUUUGCAGAAAAACAGCCCCAAAGCAUGAUGUUUCCAACCCCAUGCUUCACAGUAGGUAUGGUGUUCUUUGGAUGCAACUCAGCAUUCUUUGUCCUCCAAACAUGACGAGUUGAGUUUUUACCAAAAAGUUAUAUUUUGGUUUCAUCUGACCAUAUGACAUUCUCCCAAUCCUCUUCUGGAUCAUCCAAAUGCACUUCAGACGGGCCUGGACAUGUACUGGCUUAAGCAGGGGGACACGUCUCGCACUGCAGGAUUUGAGUCCCUGGCGGCGUAGUGUGUUACUGAUGGUAGGCUUUGUUACUUUGGUCCCAGCUCUCUGCAGGUCAUUCACUAGGUCCCCCCCGUGUGGUUCUGGGAUUUUUGCUCACCGUUCUUGUGAUCAUUUUGACCCCACGGGGUGAGAUCUUGCGUGGAGCCCCAGAUCGAGGGAGAUUAUCAGUGGUCUUGUAUGUCUUCCAUUUCCUAAUAAUUGCUCCCACAGUUGAUUUCUUCAAACCAAGCUGCUUACCUAUUGCAGAUUCAGUCUUCCCAGCCUGGUGCAGGUCUACAAUUUUGUUUUUGGUGUCCUUUGACAGCUCUUUGGUCUUGGCCAUUGUGAAGUUUGGAGUGUGACUGUUUGAGGUUGUGGACAGGUGUAUUUUAUACUGAUAACAAGUUCAAACAGGUGCCAUUAAUACAGGUAACGAGUGGAGGACAGCGGAGCCUCUGAAAUAAGAAGUUACAGGUCUGUGAGAGCCAGAAAUCUUGCUUGUUUGUAGGUGACCAAAUACUUAUUUUCCACCAUAAUUUGCAAAUAAAUUCAUUAAAAAUCCUACAAUGGGAUUUUCUGGAUUUUUUUUCCUCAAUUUGUCUGUCAUAGUUGACGUGUACCUAUGAUGAAAAGUACAGGCCUCUCUCAUCUUUUUAAGUGGGAGAACUUGCGCAAUUGGUGGCUGACUAAAUACUUUUUUUCCCCACUGUGUAUAUAUAUAUAUAUAUAUAUUUUUUUUCAUACUGCCCCCCCGUGGGAAUCGAACCCACAACCCUGGCGUUGCAAACGCCAUGCUCUACCAACUGAGCUACAUCCCUGCCGGCCAUUCCCUCCCCUACCCUGGACGACGCUGUGCCAAUUGUGCUCCGCCCCAUGGGUCUCCCGGUCGCGGCCGGCUACGACAGAGCCUGGAUUCGAACCAGGAUCUCUAGUGGCACAGCUAGCAGAUGUACACUGAACAAAAAUAUAAACACAAUAUGCAACAAUUUCAAAGAUUUUUACUGAGUUACAGUUCAUAUAAGGAAAUUAGGCCCUAAUCUAUGGAUUUCACAUGACUGGGAAUACAGAUAUGCAUCUGUUGGUCACAGUUACCUUUUUGGAUCAGAAAACCAGUCAGUAUCUGGUGUGACUGCCAUUUGCCUCAUGCAGCGUGACACAUCUCCUUCACAUAGAGUUGAUCAGGCUGUUGAUUGUGGCCUGUGGAAUGUUGUCCCUCUCCUCUUCAAUGGCUGUGUGAAGUUGCUGGAUAUUGGCGGGAACUGGAACACGCUGUCGUACAGGUCGAUCCAGAGCAUCCCAAACAUGCUCAAUGGGUUACAUGUCUGGUGAGUAUGCAGGCCAUGGAAGAACUGGGACAUUUUCAGCUUCCAGGAAUUGUGUACAGAUCCUUGGGGCUGUGCAUUAUCAUGCUGAAACAUGGAUGAAUGGCACCACAAUGGGCCUCAGGAUCUCGUCACCAGGGCCGGCCCGCUCAUUAGGCAGGAUUAGACGGCCGCCUAUGGCAGCAGAUUGACGAGGGCAGCAUUUUCUGAACUAAACUGACCAAGACGCACCUCCAAUAACACACAAAACCUCACAUAAUUCUGCCCAAAAACAAUGACAGUUUCUCUCAACUAGUGGCAUAUGGGCAUUUUAGGUGAGCGCUGAUACAGCCCUGUGAUCAAUAAUGGGCACUUUGUCAAAGGCGGGUGCAAAAUAUUUUGCUUAUCCAUUCCCAGCGCGCCUCUCCAGGGUGCUGUUGGAGAGACGUAUUGCUGCAGCGCUCCACCAACGUUCCGUCAAAAAAACUAUCAAACAUAAAUCAUGUAGGAUAUGGUAGAAAGACUGGUCUUUUUCUGAAGCCUACAGGCUGGAGAUAAAAUGUAUGACAAUGUAAUGAGAUGGACACUUUUUACAUCAUGCAGGUUUCUCCGAUCAAAUAGAAAAUGCACUGUCAUGUUAACAACAUAUCCUAAAAACAGGACUGGUCAAAGUAAAAUGGUCAAUAUGGAAUGGACAAUCACCACUGUUCUCCAGGAGUUUCACCCCAUUGAUCAGUGGGUUCAAGUUUGUAUCUGUCAAUUUUUGACAAGCUGAUCAUGGCGAAAAAUAAAAUCCUAAUGCAUUUCCCGCUGUGUAAACGCGUUGCAAAUAGGCUCCUGAUAAAGUUGGGCAGCUGAUAUUCAGCUUAAAUAGCCAAGUUGAUUAGUCACAGGAAUCCGGACUAAUAAAGCCAAUGUAACGGCCUGUUUUAUAAAUGGUGGGCCUACCACAUGGGGGGGGCAUUCAUCCAAUUCCAUUGAGGAUAACAUGGUAGGCUACACCCCAGUAAGGCCAUCAUGGUAGGCUACACCCCAGUAAGGCCAUCAUGGUAGGCUACACCCCAGUAAGGCCAUCAUGGUAGGCUACACCCCAGUAAGGCCAUCAUGGUAGGCUACACCCCAGUAAGGCCAUCAUGGUAGGCUACACCCCAGUAAGGCCAUCAUGGUAGGCUACACCCCAGUAAGGCCAUCAUGGUAGGCUACACCCCAGUAAGGCCAUCAUGGUAGGCUACACCCCAGUAAGGCCAUCAUGGUAGGCUACACCCCAGUAAGGCCAUCAUGGUAGGCUACACCCCAGUAAGGCCAUCAUGGUAGGCUACACCCCAGUAAGCACGAGCAAACGUCUUUUUUGGUCCUGUGUUUCAAAUGGUAGGCUUACAGCAUAGAUGGGCAUUCAUAAAAGGACAUUACAGGCAGCACUAUAGGCUCCACCUCAGGAAGCACGGACCGACACCAACGCCUUUUGGACUUCUUGUUUUGGUCCUGUCCGGACCGGCCUUGAGUUCCACAUCCACAGACAUUGGUUUUUGGUCCAGUCCGGACAAAAUCUGAACCAAUCAUAGACGUCUAUAAUCUAAAAACAAAAUCUAAAAUGAGCCUGAUUUCAACAUCGGGAAAAUAAAUAUUUUUCUACGUCUGGAAAAGAUGCCUUUUCACCUUUCAUUUAGAGCCUAAAUUGACUCCAACUUCAACGUCUGGAAAAUACGUAUUCUACACGUCUUUUCAGUGUCAUUUUGCUUACUGGGAUUAUUCAAGUUUUGCUGGGAGCCAUUUUUUGGUCUCGCCCAGGACCGGCCCUGCUCGUCACGGUGUCUCUGCAUUCAAAUUGCCAUAGAUAAAAUGCAAUUGUGUUUGUUGUCUGUAGCUUAUGCCUGCCCAUACCAUAACCCUACUGCCACUAUGGGGCACUCUGUUCACAACGUUGACAUCAGCAAACCGCCACCAGUUCUCAAUACUCAACUCUCUGACCACGGGUGAUGGAAAAGCCACUUGUGACUGUUUCAUGAGCUGAAAUAAGAUGCCAGAAAUGUUCAAUUCACACACAUUCUCUCAUUUUGUACACAUUUGUUUACCUCCCUGUUAGUGAGCAUUUCUUGGUCUGUAAUAAAGCCCUUUUGUGGGGUAGAACUCAUUCUGAUUGGCUGGGCCUGGCUCUGCAGUGGGUGGGCCUGGCUGCCUAUGGCUGCACCCCUGUCCAGUCAUGUGAAAUCCAUAGAUUAGGGCCUAAUUAAUUUCAGUUGACUCAUUUCCUUAUAUGAACCGUAACUAAGUAAAAUCUUUGAAAUUGUUGCAAGUUAUGUUUUAUAUUUUGUUAAGUAUAUUUAAUAUUAGUUACCUCCAACUUAUAGAGAAACAUUAUUAGGGUGGUGGCGGCGUACAGGGCAUUAUUAGGGUGGCGGCAGCGUACAGGGCAUUAUUAGGGGGGCUGGCGGCGUACAGGGCAUUAUUAGGGGGGUGGCGGCGUACAGGGCAUUAUUAGGGUGGUGGCGUACAGGGCAUUAUUAGGGUGGCGGUGGCGUACAGGGCAUUAUUAGGGUGGUGGUGGCGUACAGGGCAUUAUUAGGGUGGUGGCGGCGUACAGGGCAUUAUUAGGGGGGCGGUGGCGUACAGGGCAUUAUUAGGGUUGGUUGUGGCGUACAGGGCAUUAUUAGGGUGGUGGCGUACAGGGCAUUAUUAGGGUGGUGGCGUACAGGGCAUUAUUAGGGUGGUGGCGGGGUACAGGGCAUUAUUAGGGUGGUGGCGGGGUACAGGGCAUUAUUAGGGUUGGUUGUGGCGUACAGGGCAUUAUUAGGGGGGUGGCGUACAGGGCAUUAUUAGGGUGGUGGUGGCGUACAGGGCAUUAUUAGGGUGGUGGCGUACAGGGCAUUAUUAGGGUGGCGGCGUACAGGGCAUUAUUAGGGGGGUGGCGUACAGGGCAUUAUUAGGGGGGUGGUGGCGGGGUACAGGGCAUUAUUAGGGUGGUGGUGGCGUACAGGGCAUUAUUAGGGUGGUGGUGGCGUACAGGGCAUUAUUAGGGUGGUGGUGGCGUACAGGGCAUUAUUAGGGUGGUGGCGGCGUACAGGGCAUUAUUAGGGUGGUGGCGGCGUACAGGGCAUUAUUAGGGUGGUGGUGGCGUACAGGGCAUUAUUAGGGUGGUGGCGGCGUACAGGGCAUUAUUAGGGUGGUGGUGGCGUACAGGGCAUUAUUAGGGUGGUGGUGGCGUACAGGGCAUUAUUAGGGUGGUGGUGGCGUACAGGGCAUUAUUAGGGUGGUGGUGGCGUACAGGGCAUUAUUAGGGUGGUGGUGGCGUACAGGGCAUUAUUAGGAUGGUGGUGGCGUACAGGGCAUUAUUAGGGUGGUGGUGGCGUCCAGGGCAUUAUUAGGGGGGUGGUGGCGUACAGGGCAUUAUUAGGGGGGUGGCGGCGUACAGGGCAUUAUUAGGGGGGUGGCGGUGUACAGGGCGUUAUUAGGGUGGCGGCGUACAGGGCAUUAUUAGGGUGGUGGGGUACUGGGCAUUAUUAGGGUGGUGGCGUACAGGGCAUUAUUAGGGUGGUGGCGGGGUACAGGGCAUUAUUAGGGUGGUGGCGGCGUACAGGGCAUUAUUAGGGUGGUGGCGGCGUACAGGGCAUUAUUAGGGUGGUGGCGGCGUACAGGGCAUUAUUAGGGUGGUGGCGUACAGGGCAUUAUUAGGGUGGUGGCGUACAGGGCAUUAUUAGGGUGGUGGCGUACAGGGCAUUAUUAGGGGGGCGGUGGCGUACAGGGCAUUAUUAGGGUGGUGGCGUACAGGGCAUUAUUAGGGUGGUGGCGUACAGGGCAUUAUUAGGGUGGUGGCGUACAGGGCAUUAUUAGGGUGGUGGCGUACAGGGCAUUAUUAGGGUGGUGGCGUACAGGGCAUUAUUAGGGUGGUGGGGUACUGGGCAUUAUUAGGGUGGUGGCGUACAGGGCAUUAUUAGGGUGGUGGCGUACAGGGCAUUAUUAGGGUGGUGGCGUACAGGGCAUUAUUAGGGUGGUGGCGUACAGGGCAUUAUUAGGGUGGUGGCGUACAGGGCAUUAUUAGGGUGGCGGUGGCGUACAGGGCAUUAUUAGGGUGGUGGCGGCGUACAGGGCAUUAUUAGGGUGGUGGUGGCGUACAGGGCAUUAUUAGGGUGGUGGUGGCGGCGUACAGGGCAUUAUUAGGGUGGCGGUGGCGUACAGGGCAUUAUUAGGGUGGCGGCGUACAGGGCAUUAUUAGGGUGGCGGUGGCGUACAGGGCAUUAUUAGGGUGGCGGUGGCGUACAGGGCAUUAUUAGGGGGGCGGUGGCGUACAGGGCAUUAUUAGGGGGGCGGCGGCGUACAGGGCAUUAUUAGGGUGGUGGCGGCGUACAGGGCAUUAUUAGGGGGGCGGCGUACAGGGCAUUAUUAGGGUGGUGGCGGCGUACAGGGCAUUAUUAGGGGGCGGUGGCGUACAGGGCAUUAUUAGGGGGGUGGUGGGGUACAGGGCAUUAUUAGGGGGGGUGGUGGCGUACAGGGCAUUAUUAGGGUGGCGGCGUACAGGGCAUUAUUAGGGUGGUGGUGGCGUACAGGGCAUUAUUAGGGGGGUGGUGGCGUACAGGGCAUUAUUAGGGUGGCGGCGUACAGGGCAUUAUUAGGGGGGUGGCGGCGUACAGGGCAUUAUUAGGGUGGCGGCGUACAGGGCAUUAUUAGGGGGGUGGCGGCGUACAGGGCAUUAUUAGGGUGGUGGCGUACAGGGCAUGUAGGAUCAUAUCUCUUAUCAUGAUCACCUGUCCUCCCUCUGUCAUCUCCCUCUGUAACCUCCACCUCCCUGUUCGCUCCCUCUGUCCUCAUCUCCGUCUCUCUGUCUCUGUCUCUGUCUCUGCCCUGCAGAUAGUAGGGAUUGCAGCUAAGCAGGGCCGUGUCCGUAAUGCAGCCAACACUGUGGUUAAAGUCAAACAGGUGCUGGGGAGGAGGUGAGUGUCUGUGUUCUUAGUUGGUAACGUUCUAGGGAGAGUGAACUCAACUCACAUUGUUGGGUUAGUUGGUAAUGUUCUAGGGAGAGUGAACUCAACUCACAUUGUUGGGUUAGUUGGUAACGUUCUAGGGAGAGGGAACUCAACUCACAUUGUUGGGUUAGUUGGUAACGUUCUAGGGAGAGUGAACUCAACUCACAUUGUUGGGUUAGUUAAUGGUAACGUUCUAGGGAGAGUGAACUCAACUCACAUUGUUGCUUCUCUCCUUUUUCCUCUUCCUGUUGGCAGCUUUGAGGAUCCUGAGGUUCAGACACACAGAGCUGAGAGUAAAUGUCCUGUGAGUACAACCCCUCUACACCCUAUUAGACUACCUCAGGGAUGGACCUGGUAGACAUGUCUCUAUUCCAGACUACCUAACACUAAGUUAUCAGUGAUGGACCUGGUAGACAUGUCUCUAUUCCAGACUACCUAACACUAAGUUAUCAGUGAUGUACCUGGUAGACAUGUCUCUAUUCCAGACUACCUAACACUAAGUUAUCAGUGAUGGACCUGGUAGACAUGUCUCUAUUCCAGACCAGACUACCUAACACUAAGUUAUCAGUGAUGGACCUGGUAGACAUGUCUCUAUUCCAGACUACCUAACACUAAGUUAUCAGGGAUGGACCUGGUAGACAUGUCUCUAUUCCAGACUACCUAACACUAAGUUAUCAGUGAUGGACCUGGUAGACAUGUCUCUAUUCCAGACUACCUAACACUAAGUUAUCAGGGAUGGACCUGGUAGACAUGUCUCUAUUCCAGACUACCUAACACUAAGUUAUCAGUGAUGGACCUGGUAGACAUGUCUCUAUUCCAGACUACCUAACACUAAGUUAUCAGUGAUGGACCUGGUAGACAUGUCUCUAUUCCAGACUACCUAACACUAAGUUAUCAGUGAUGGACCUGGUAGACAUGUCUCUAUUCCACCAGACUACCUAACACUAAGUUAUCAGUGAUGGACCUGGUAGACAUGUCUCUAUUCCAGACUACCUAACACUAAGUUAUCAGUGAUGGACCUGGUAGACAUGUCUCUAUUCCAGACUACCUAACACUAAGUUAUCAGUGAUGGACCUGGUAGACAUGUCUCUAUUCCAGACUACCUAACACUAAGUUAUCAGUGAUGGACCUGGUAGACAUGUCUCUAUUCCAGACUACCUAACACUAAGUUAUCAGGGAUGGACCUGGUAGACAUGUCUCUAUUCCAGACUACCUAACACUAAGUUAUCAGUGAUGUACCUGGUAGACAUGUCUCUAUUCCAGACUACCUAACACUAAGUUAUCAGUGAUGGACCUGGUAGACAUGUCUCUAUUCCAGACUACCUAACACUAAGUUAUCAGUGAUGGACCUGGUAGACAUGUCUCUAUUCCAGACUACCUAACACUAAGUUAUCAGUGAUGGACCUGGUAGACAUGUCUCUAUUCCAGACUACCUAACACUAAGUUAUCAGGGAUGUACCUGGUAGACAUGUCUCUAUUCCAGACUACCUAACACUAAGUUAUCAGGGAUAGUGUGUAAUAGAGAAGCUGCUGAUGAUGAUGAUGAUGAUGGUGUAGUCAGUGCUCAACAAGAGUAUGAGAAGACAGUGAUGUAUGAGAGACUGGAGAGAUAGACCAGACAGGUGGAUCCUGAGAUGUCCGCCAACUACCUACACACGAUGAAAGGUUUAGACUGAUGACCUAGCCAAUCUCUUCCGCCGCCCUCCCUAUUCUGUCCCCCCUCACCAUUCUCUUUCCCGCACCCUACCCUAAUUCGUGUCCGACCCUGGUACUCUGUCCCCUUCCAGAUCUCCUGUACCAGUUUCCAAUCCCUCCUAGACAUGCCUAUCCAGCCCUAACCUAAGUAUCAGUGAGACCUGAGACAUUUGUCCACCAGUACCUAAACUAUUCAUGAUGGACCUAGACAUCCUAUUCCAGACACUCAAUUUCCCAUAUGCCUGCAUGUCUCUAUUCAGUCUAACAUAAGUUUCAGGAUGACCUGUAGACAUGUCUUAUUCCAGACUACCUAACCCCUAAGUUUCAGUGAUGGACCUGGUAGACAUGUCUCUAUUCCAGACUACCUAACACUAAGUUAUCAUGAUGGACCUGGUAGACAUGCUCUAUUCCAGACUACCUAACACUAAACGUGAUGGACGGUACAUGUUUAUUCAGACUCCACUAGUUUCAGAUACCUCGCUAUUCCGACUACCAACACUAAUUAUAGAUGGACUGUAGACAGUCUCUAUUCCGACACUAACUAAGUUCAGGAUGGACCUGGUAGACAUGUCUCUAUCCAGACUACCUAACACUAAGUUAUCAGGAUGUACCGGUAGACAUGUCUCUAUCCGACAAAAAAGUUGUAAUAGAAAGCUGCUGAUGAUAUAUGAGAUGUGGUCAGUUGGUCAACAAGGGAGAGAGCCAUUGAGAUGACUGGAAGAUGACCAGAGUGGCUCCUCAGAUGUCGCCAAACUCAUCCUACACAAGAUGAAAGGUUUACACAUAUACACCUAGACCCAUCUCUGCCCCGCCUCCCUCCCAUCUCAGUUCGGCAACGGUCAAAGUGCUGCAUAGUGGUAUCUCUGUCCGCACCACCUCCCAUUCUUGCCGCCCCUGCCCACUCUGUCCGACGUCCCUCCAAUCUGUCCCGCCCACCUCCCAUCUCUUCACCAGUCCAAUCCCAACCACACCCUAGACACUAUGGCCCUAUCCCUAUGCCUAUGCCCUAUGGAAUCUGGUAUUGAUUGGUCUAGCAAUAUGGUGAACUUCCACGAGUUUAUCAGAGCGGAAGUUACAACUAUCUCUCCACGCUUCCUCACCUAGCUCUCCUCCUCCGUUCCAACCCAAGCACCCUGACAGCCUCUACCCAUCUCCUAGCCAUCGAGAUCUGACACCCAACUGAGUCCCCUAUGUAACUUCCUCCGAUUCAGAACUCCUCCAUUCCCCCUGCAUCCCUCUACCUCCAUCUCCUCCGUUCCCCCCGCAUCCCCUCUACUCCAUCUCCUCCUCCGUUCCCCCCUGCAUCCCCUCUACUCCAUCUCCUCCUCCGUUCCCCCCUGCAUCCCCUUACUCCAUCUCCUCCGUUCCCCCUGCAUCCCCUCUACUCCAUCUCCUCCUCCGUUCCCCCCUCUAACUUACUCCAUCUCCUCCUCCGUUCCCCCCCUGCAUCCCCUCUACUCCAUCUCCUCCUCCGUUCCACCCCCUACUACUCCAUCUCCUCCUCCGUUCCCCCUCUGCAUCCCCUCUACUCCAUUCCUCCUCCGUUCCCCCUCUACUCCAUCUCCUCCGUUCCCCCUCUACUCCAUCUCCUCCUCCGUUCCCCCUGCAUCCCCUCUACUCCAUCUCUCCUCCGUUCCCCCUCUACUCCAUCUCCUCCGUCCCCUCUCCCUUCCCCCCUGCAUCCCCUCUACUCCAUCUCCUCUUUCCCCCUCUACUCCAUCUCCUCCUCCGUUCCCCCCCCCCUGCAUCCCCUCUACUCCAUCUCCUCCUCCGUUCCCCCCUCUACUCCAUCUCCUCCUCCGUUCCCCCCCCUGCAUCCCCUCUACUCCAUCUCCUCUGUUCCCCCUCUACUCCAUCUCCUCCUCCGUUCCCCCCUGCAUCCCCUCUACUCCAUCUCCUCCGUUCCCCCUCUACUCCAUCUCCUCCUCCGUUCCCCCCCCUGCAUCCCCUCUACUCCAUCUCCUCUGUUCCCCCCUCUUACUCCAUCUCCUCCUCCGUUCCCCCCCCCUGCAUCCCCUCUACUCCAUCUCCUCCUCCGUUCCCCCUCUACUCCAUCUCCUCCUCCGUUCCCCCCCCGGCAUCCCCUCUACUCCAUCUCCUCCGUUCCCCCUCUACUCCAUCUCCUCCUCCGUUCCCCCCCCUGCAUCCCCUCUACUCCAUCUCCUCUGUUCCCCCUCUACUCCAUCUCCUCCUCCGUUCCCCCCCCCCUGCCAUCCCCUCUACUCCAUCUCCUCCUCCGUUCCCCCUCUACUCCAUCUCCUCCUCCGUUCCCCCCCCCUGCAUCCCCUCUACUCCAUCUCCUCCUCCGUUCCCCCUCUACUCCAUCUCCUCCUCCGUUCCCCCCCCGGCAUCCCCUCUACUCCAUCUCCUCCGUUCCCCCUCUACUCCAUCUCCUCCUCCGUUCCCCCCCCCGGCAUCCCCUCUACUCCAUCUCCUCUGUUCCCAACUGCUUCCACCUGUGAAACCUGUCAGAUGUCCGGGGGGAGGGUGUAGUACAAGAGGUCCACCUGGGAUAUUGUUGUUUCCAUAGAGACGGCUCAGUCGGCCUUGGGUGCUGAUGUCACGGAGGCUGUCAUCACUGUCCCCUUCGAGUUCGCACAUGCUCAGAAGGUGGCGUUGAGGGAGGCUGCGGAGGCGGCAGGGUUCCGGGUGUUGAGGCUGAUCCACGAGCCAGCAGCUGCUUUACUGGCAUACGGCAUCGGACAGGACUGUCCAUCUGGGAAGAGGUACCCACUACUCCUUCUGGUGUAUAAACGGGUCAUGUCCUGGUGUAUAAACUGGUCAUGCCCUGGUGUAUAAACGGGUCAUGCCCUGGUGUAUAAACUGGUCCUGUCCUGGUGUAUAAACGGGUCAUGCCCUGGUGUAUAAACUGGUCCUGUCCUGGUGUAUAAACUGGUCAUGUCCUGGUGUAUAAACUGGUCCUGUCCUGGUGUAUAAACGGGUCCUGUCCUGGUGUAUAAACGGGUCCUGUCCUGGUGUAUAAACGGGUCAUGCCCUGGUGUAUAAACUGGUCAUGCCCUGGUGUAUAAACUGGUCCUGUCCUGGUGUAUAAACGGGUCAUGCCCUGGUGUAUAAACUGGUCCUGUCCUGGUGUAUAAACUGGUCCUGUCCUGGUGUAUAAACGGGUCAUGUCCUGGUGUAUAAACUGGUCAUGCCCUGGUGUAUAAACUGGUCCUGUCCUGGUGUAUAAACUGGUCCUGUCCUGGUGUAUAAACGGGUCAUGUCCUGGUGUAUAAACGGGUCCUGUCCUGGUGUAUAAACGGGUCCUGUCCUGGUGUAUAAACGGGUCCUGUCCUGGUGUAUAAACUGGUCAUGCCCUGGUGUAUAAACUGGUCAUGCCCUGGUGUAUAAACUGGUCAUGCCCUGGUGUAUAAACUGGUCCUGUCCUGGUGUAUAAACUGGUCCUGUCCUGGUGUAUAACUGGUCAUGCCCUGGUGUAUAAACUGGUCCUGUCCUGGUGUAUAAACUGGUCAUGCCCUGGUGUAUAAACUGGUCCUGUCCUGGUGUAUAAACUGGUCCUGUCCUGGUGUAUAAACUGGUCCUGUCCUGGUGUAUAAACUGGUCCUGUCCUGGUGUAUAAACUGGUCCUGUCCUGGUGUAUAACCUGGUCCUGUCCUGGUGUAUAACUGGUCCUGUCCUGGUGUAUAAACUGGUCAUGUCCUGGUGUAUAACCUGGUCCUGUCCUGGUGUAUAAACUGGUCCUGUCCUGGUGUAUAAACUGGUCCUGUCCUGGUGUAUAACUGGUCAUUGUGUGUGUGUGUAGUCAUGUCCUAGUGUAUAAACUAGGUGGGACGUCUCUGAGUGUGACGGUGCUGCAAGUGAACGGUGGAAUGUUCCGGGUUCUGAACACACAUACAGACCACAGCAUCGGAGGAGAGAGCUUCACUAUCGCCCUGGCACAGCACCUGGCUGCAGAGUUCAAACGGUAACACACACACACACACACACACACACACACCUGGCUGCAGAGUUCAAACGGUAACACACACACACACACCUGGCUGCAGAGUUCAAACGGUAACACACACACACACCUGGCUGCAGAGUUCAAACGGUACAGCCUGUUAGCUCAGCCUGUUAGCUCAGCCUGUCAGCCCAAAUUCAGAGCAUUUCUAGCAGGAAAAAAGGGGCAUGGACUCUGCUGUCCUAGCUUCAGGGGAAAGCUGCUUCCACUAUUGGGGUGCCAGGACAGAGAAGAGCUUGGACUGGGCUGAGGGGGAGCUGACCUCUCAUAGGGGUGGGAGGGCCAAGAAACCAGAGGUCGCAGAACGGAGGGCUCUGGUUGGGGUGUAGGGUUGGAGCAUAGCCUGGAGAUAGGGACUCAGGUUGGGGUGUAGGGUUGGAGCAUAGCCUGAAGGUAGGGACUCAGGUUGGGGUGUAGGGUUGGAGCAUAGCCUGGAGAUAGGGACUCAGGUUGGGGUGUAGGGUUGGAGCAUAGCCUGGAGAUAGGGAGGGGCAGUUCCUCUUGCUGUUCUGUAGAUAAGCACCAUAGUCUUAUAGUGGAUGGGAGCUUCAACUGGAAGCCAGUGGAGUGUGCAGAGGAGCGGGGUGACAUGAGAGAACUUAGUCUCCUACAUCUGAUCCACUGGUUUUAAUGCUGUGCGUCUGUCUGUAGGUCGUUUAAACAGGAUGUUAGUCGUAGUGCGCGGGGUGACAUGAGGGAACUUAGUCUCCUACAUCUGAUCCUCUGGUGUUAAUGCUGUGUGUCUGUCUGUAGGUCGUUUAAACAGGAUGUUAGUCGUAGUGCGCGGGCCAUGUUGAAGCUGAUGAAUGGAGCAGACAUGGCCAAACAUUCUCUCUCCACGCUGGGUUCUGCCAAUUGCUUCGUUGACUCUCUACACGACGGCAUGGACUUUGACUGCAACGUCUCCAGGUGACUACACUACCCACAAGCCCCUGCUCUCUUACCCACCACAAUCCUCCUCUUCAUACAAUGCCACAGGAAAGUCAUGCUCUUGUGUUUUUUUUCUCAGGGCCCGUUUUGAGCUGCUGUGUUCGUCCCUGUUCAACAAGAGUGUCCAACCAAUCAGAACCCUGCUGGAGACAACUGGGCUCUCUACUAGUGACAUCAACAAGGUAACCCUGACCCCUACCUACCUACCUGACCCCUACCUACCUACCUGA